AUGGCCAGAGAAGCGGCUGAACGAAGAGAAAAGAAGGAGAAGAGGCUGCGUGAGCUGCAAGUAUACUUUUUGUGGAUGCUUCCAUUCUGCGGCUUUGGUAAGUUGUACGCUUUCGACACGAUAGUGUUGGUCCACAACAACACCCUAACCGAGUCCGAUUUGAACAUUCUUGCGGUAUGCCACUUCCGCGGACAGCCAUACGUCGUCAUACGCUCCCAGGCGGACACCCAUAUCCGCAACAAAGCCGAGGACCGGGGGAUGCCUGUCAGCGAAGCCCUCCAAAGGUACAUCAAUGAAGUCCAUCAAGAAAAGCAGAAUGCUACCGUCAAAGACAUUGAAAAUGUCGGGCCGGAGCUCUCGUCGUCUUUGGACGACUUCAUCGUCUCAAAGAUGGGCAUCUUUCAGCUGGUCACAGGCUCUGCGCCGCCAAGCGACGAAUGCGCGCAGGUCAUUGAGGAGGAAUCGUUUCUGCGACGCUUGGGAUUGAUUUGA